UUAUGCUGUUUAAUGUCUGGCAUGGCUAUGGUGGAUAUCUAGAUACAAGUGAUAUUUUAGUUGUAGUAUUAUUAGAGAAAAAGCUGCUCUAGAGGGACAAAAUGAAUAAGAAAAGAUACUUUCUUGAGCCUCCAGAGGUCAAAGACUACCUGGUCAAAGGAGAAAGAUUUACCAAGUGGUCGGAGGACUCAAACAAGACUGUUCCUAUCACCAUGAAGAUGGAUCCCAAAGGUUUUUAUGUCUACUGGAUUAACCAAAGCAAGGAGACAACAUUCCUUGAUGUUGCAACCAUCAGAGAUACCAGAACAGGAAAAUACGCUAAACUUCCUAAACAUCCAAAAGUCCGCAAUGUCUUCAACCUGGACUUCCCAGACAGCAACCAUCUUGCCAAAACCUUAACUAUCGUCUCAGGUCCAGACAUGGUGAAUCUGACUUACCAUAACUUCUUUGCUUCCAAGGAAAAAGUGACACAGAACUGGGCAAAUGACAUACUUUCAAUUGCCUACAAUGCUGCGAGAAAUAAUGCUUGCAGACAAGUCUUCGUGGAUAAAAUAUACGUCCGCAUUUCUCUUCAGACAAACAAAGAUGGAAAGAUCCCUGUAAAGAACAUUUACAAGAUGUUUCCUGCUGAUAAAAAGAGGGUUGAAAGUGCCUUAGCAGCAGCACACCUCCCCAAAGGAAAGUUUGACACCAUAAAGCCUGAUGUGUUCACUGAGUCUGCCUUCAAGACCUUCAUGACAAAUCUCUGUCCUCGGCCUGAGAUCUAUGAAAUCUUCACUUCUUACUCCACCAAACCCACCAUGACAAAGGAGAAUUUCACCAAGUUCCUCAAUGAGAAACAGAGGGAUUCUCGGCUCAACGAGGAGCUGUUUCCACGUCUGCGGCAAGACCAGAUCAAGGCCCUGAUUGACAAGUAUGAACCAUGCACCAGCAACUCCAACAGAGGUUUGAUUUCUCCAGAAGGUCUUUUAUUCUUCUUGAUGGGUCCAGAGACUUCAGUUGUCAUGCAGGAUAAGCUGGCCAAAUCUCUGGAUAUGACCCAACCCAUUCCCCACUACUUCAUCAAAUCUUCCCACAACACAUACCUAACAGCUGGUCAGUUCUCUGGCGUGUCAUCUCCAGAGAUGUAUCGCCAGUGUCUUCUGUCUGGCUGCCGGUGUCUGGAGCUGGAUUGCUGGAAGGGUAAACCUCCAGAUGAAGAGCCCAUCAUUACCCACGGCUUCACCAUGACCACUGAGAUCCUCUUCAAGGAUGUGAUAGAGGCCAUUGCUGAGAGUGCCUUCAAGACCUCACAAUACCCUGUUGUCCUCUCUUUCGAGAACCACGUUGAUUCGGUGAAACAACAAGAGAAGAUGGCCAACUACUGCAAAACCAUAUUUGGUGAUGCUCUGCUGACAGAGCCUCUAGAAAAAUACCCUCUGAAACCAGGCAAUCAAAUCCCCAGUCCCUCUGAGCUCAUGGGCAAAAUCCUUAUCAAGAACAAAAAGGGAAGCCAUGAAAAGCCAGCCCAGACAAAGAAAAGCAGCACAGCAGCCACUGAUCAGACGACAUCUACAGCUGCACCCACUCAGGAUCCAAACACCCCAUCCCAGGAUGCAACUACUCCAGCAGCUGGAGCUCAGGAAAACCAAGUUGAUGGGGAGGGAGCUGUGGAGGACACUGAGGAGCACGAAGACACAGAAGAACAGGAUGAGGAGAAAAUGAAGACAUCAGAUGAGGGUACAGCUGGACAGGAAGUAACAUCCUACGAGGCGAUGUCAUCCAUUGUCAACUACAUCCAGCCCAACAAAUUCAUCUCUUUUGACAAUGCUCGAAAGAAAAAUAAGAGUUAUGUAAUCUCAUCUUUUGUGGAGACCAAAGGGGAGGCAAUGAUUGCCAAGACUGCUGUUGAAUUUGUUGAAUAUAAUAAGAGGCAGAUGAGCAGAAUUUACCCCAAAGGAACAAGAAUGGACUCAUCCAACUACAGUCCUCAACCUUUUUGGAAUGUUGGCUGCCAGAUGGUAGCACUCAACUACCAGACCAUGGACUUCCCCAUGCAGCUGAACAUGUCUCUGUUUGAAUUCAACGGCCGAACGGGAUACAUCCUCAAACAUGAUGUUCUGCGUCGUGGUGAUAAGAAGUUUGACCCUUUCUGUGACAGGAUUGACACUGUGGUGGCAAGCACACUGACCAUAAAGAUCUACUCUGGACAGUUUCUGUCUGACAAGAAUGUGAAAACAGGGGUUGAGGUGGAGGUAAUUGGACUGCCAGGAGACCCCAAGAAGAAAUAUCGCACCAAGUGGUCCACCACACUUAAUGCCAUUAAUCCAGUAUGGAACGAGGAGCCUUUUGUUUUUGAAAAAAUUCUGCUCCCAGAAAUGGCCUCUCUGAGAAUUGUAGUCCAUGAAGAGAAUGGGAAAUUCUUGGGACACAGAAUCAUCCCAAUUGAUGCCAUUCAGUCAGGUUUCCACCACAUCUGCCUUCGCAGUGAGAGCAACAUGCCUCUCACUCUGCCUGCUCUCUUUGUGUACAUCGAGGUCAAGGAUUACAUCCCUGCUGCAUUUGCAGAUUUCACAGAUGCCUUAUUUAAUCCAACAAAAGGCUCAGAGAAACCCACAAAGACCCCUAAAGAGUCAUCCUCUGACUACCUUUCUCCCUAUGAGUUGCCACUUGUGGUCCAGCCCCCCACAGACAAAGCCAAAGAAAGUGAAGCCCCUCCUGACGAAAAAGUUGCAUCUGAACCUAUACCACCCGCUGAUGACACUGAACAGUUAUCCCAGUCUCCACCUGAAGCUAGCACAGAAGAAGCGAAAGAUGAGGCAGAUACUCCACAACCUGAGCCUCCUCAAAUACUUGAUACCACUCCUACUGAAGAUGCAAAAAGUCCUCCAUCUGAAAUCCUACCAGAAGCCAAACCUUCUACCGAGGAAGUUCCUGCUGAGGAAGAAACAGCCACAGAACCAGAGGCAGCUCCUGAAGCCAAAGAAGAGCCAAUCACUGGCCCUGGUACUAACCCAGAGUCUGAUUUAGAUGACAAGGAGGCACCAGAAGCAGCUGCUGAAGGGUCUGCAGCUGAAGAAACAGCUGCUGUGACCUGUUCUGCAAAUUCAUCUGAAGACUCUGCAGGACUGAAUGAGUCAUCCCAGCCAACAACAGGCAGUGAAGAGCCUUCAACUGUGACAACUGAACAACUGACACAGCACAAGAACUAUCUGAAGGUCAUCAAGCGUCAGGAGAAAGAGAUGAAAGAAGCUGAAAAGAAAUAUCAGAAAAAGGCUGAAGAUCUAAUUCAGAAAUACUCUGAUUCUUUCAAGGCCAUCAAGAAGAAGGCUUCGAUUAAGAAAAAAGAGGGAGGGGACAACACCUCUGAAUCCAGUGUGAAGAAAGAGCGAGUGCAGGAGCAAAAGGAUAAAAUGCAGACUGAGCUGCAGACUCUGUGGACAGAACAAUGUGAUCAGAUGAAGAAGAAGAAAGAACAGUGUGCUACCGAGAGACUUACCAAACUGUUGGAGAUGGCCAUGGAGAGACACAGCAGUGAACUGAAGACCCUGGAGAGUGAAACUAAAGAAAAAAAGAAGAUGCUCCCAAAAUGUCAGAAUGAAAAGUCAAAGUUGAAAAAGGCAAUGAGCACGGAGCAGCUGGAUGAGACCAGUCAACCUGAUGGUGCACCUUCAGAGAACAGUCCACAGCAAGAAGCACUGAUGAAGAAACAAGCUGCUACACUGGAAGAAAUAAAGGCCCUGACUAAUCAGCUCAAUCAAGAUGCCCUGAGGGAGCAUGCACAGAAACUGAGGUCUCUGCCAGCAGAAGUGAGGGAGGCUGUUAAUGUCUGUGUGGGGGCGCACUUUCCUGAAUUGGUUGAUGAGACUGGAAACAAGAAUGUUGGGGGAGUGGGCUUCUAUGGAGAUGUGUUCCUGGGAUAGAUGUACUUUAAAAAACUGAGCUCCCUUGUAACCCAACCUUAACUUUGUUCUCAAACAAACCUGAAAUAAAGCGAUAGGUCUGAGUGUAAUUAUGCAGCAGUUGGAAGCAUAAAAGAGUAAGGAUUCAUUUUAGAUGUUCUAUUUAUAGCUAGAGUAUCCUUUGGGGCGUUUUAAGCUAUUGUUCAUGUGUCCUUGAGGAGGUAUUAGUCCAAAGUUAGAUUGUUUUGAAAUUUUUCUAGUUUCCUGUUUGAAUCUGUAUUUCUGUUUUAUUCUCACAGCAAAAUAAAUACCCUAAAUUAGACUACACAUUAAAAAAAUACUUUCUAGAUGACAGCUUUUCACUAAAAACCUUUGCUUGGUACUCACACUUUCCUUUUGCUCUAUUAUUAAGUUUUAAAAAUAGGAAUAAAUCUAGCAAGAAAAAUGUAGAAGCAAAAUGGGUCCGCAGGCUGAGUGAGACAAUGACUCCUUUUGUCACAGUUCAGUACAGCUCAAUUUUGCAUGCGUGAUUCUCCAUGAAACCACAGCAAAGCAAUCACUUAGGCUGAUAUAACCACGCAGACAGUUUUGCAGAAUAGAGGGAGAAUUUUGUCUUUGACAAGGAUAAAGAUCUCAUAAAGUGACAGCACAUAGACACACAGAGGAUCCAGCACUAAUACAUGAAUACCAUUUUGGAUGUAUGCCUUUAGGUUUGAAACCUUGGGGGUUUUUUAAUUGCUUAUAUUAACUUGGCUUGGCUUGUUUUUAGCCAUAUAUUAUUCUCUUGCUCAUGUAAACUGAAAGCACUGUCACAAGCAUAAUCUUUUUUUUUCAAAUGGAUGCAAAAAACAUUACAAAAUUACAAAUUUUAAAUGUCUUUUUUGGUACAAUUAAUGUAUAUUGGCACAAAUUAAAUGAUUUUUGUUUUGUGACUCAUGAUUUACCACGUGAUAGAGCCAAUUAAUAAACUGAUAUAUACAC